GGUUAACGUGCGUAAGAUUGGUGUUCACGUAGGAAUAGCAGGGAAUUACUAUACGUGGGGCACAGGAAGCCUUUGGCUCAUUGUCGAUCCAAAGCUGAGAGUGCAAGAUUCCCUUUACAGGCGCGUACUUGACACUAGUGGAAGCCUUCAUCGUCACCUUAACUACUAUAGGCGUUGGGACCCACUUAGGUCUCUUCUUGACAGAAUGAAGCUGGUCGGGGUCGGGUUGCUUGUUUACAAGGGCGAUGCAACACCACCGACUUUUAUUGGUAUGGCGACAGACGUCUCUAAAUUCGGGUACUUUCAGCGAGGGGCAGUGCGCGAGGGCAUUAUGUUCAUCGCCCGCACCAUCGCUCAGCGGACCCAGCCCGGCAUGCGACAGACAGUGAAAAACGAGGAGUAUCUGUGCCACGUGCACGUAAAGGACAACGGCAUUGCGGGCGUUGUUGUAGCUGACGGAGACUACCCGACUACCGCUGCGUUCUCGGUCAUCGGGAAGGUGCUGGACGACUUCAUGCAGCAGCAGGGACAGGAUAACAGCUGGCGUGCACUGGACGCUGACAGCACGCUUGCAAAUCCCCUCCUAGAAGCGGCUCUGAUUAAGUAUCAGGACCACACACAAGCGGAUAAGAUUGCCAAGAUCCAAAAGGACCUUGAUGAGACCAAAAUCAUCCUGCACCAGACCAUUGACAGUGUACUCAAACGAGGCGAGAAGCUGGACGCGCUAGUGGACAAGAGCAACGACCUAAGCCUGGCCAGCCAGAUGUUUUACAAGCAGGCGCGCAAGAC